AUGGGUCGACGACCAGCCCGUUGUUACCGCUACUGUAAGAACAAGCCGUACCCAAAGUCGCGGUUCUGUCGAGGAGUGCCCGACGCGAAGAUCCGGAUCUUCGACUUGGGCCGCAAGAAGGCCAGAGUGGAUGAGUUCCCGCUCUGUGUGCAUCUCCUGUCCAACGAGUUCGAGCAGAUCUCAUCGGAGGCUCUGGAGGCCGGCAGGAUCUGCGCCAACAAGUAUUUGGUGAAGACGUGCGGCAAAGACGCGUUUCACGUACGGAUGAGAGUCCAUCCCUUCCACGUGUUGCGCAUCAAUAAGAUGUUGUCGUGCGCCGGCGCCGAUCGGCUCCAGACCGGGAUGAGGGGCGCGUUCGGCAAACCCCUGGGAACGGUGGCCCGCGUGGACAUCGGACAGCCGCUGAUAUCGGUGCGCGCGAAGGAGCAGCACAAGGACAACGUGAUUGAAGCCCUCCGCAGAGCGAAGUUCAAGUUCCCCGGCAGGCAGAAGAUCGCCGUCUCCAAGAAGUGGGGAUUCACUAAAUGGUCGCUCAAGGACUACGAGGUGAUGCGCGCCGACGGCCGCCUCCGCCCCAAUGGCACGACCUGUCAUUACUUCCCCAAUAAGGGGCCGUUCAGUGUGUGGGCUAAGAUUCAGGAGACCCUCAGAAACGAGUAA